AUGAAACUGUGCAUGAAGAGAUUGGUUUUCUCCGGGAUUUCUUGGAUUUUGGCAUUUCUGCUUUGUGUUUCACCAUCUGCAGUUAAAACCCAAAUUCCUGGCUGCUCCAUGGUGGGUCUAGACCUUGAGCAUUGCUUGAAACCAAGCAGUGGCUUUAUUUCCAUGGAUGAUACAUGCUGCACAGCCCUUAAUCAACUCGUCCAAGCCGGGUAUGGAUGCUUGUGCUCUCUGAUAGCAACAUCCCCAUCUCUGCCUCUUUUAGGCACCCCCCUUUCAUUGCCAUUAUCAAAUUGCUACAUAUCUGCACCUCCUUUAACUCAGUGUCAAGUGGUAGCUCCAAAGGCUGAAGGGGUUCCACCAAAUGGCCCUCAUGAGGAGAUUGCACAACCUUCUGGUCCAACUGAUCACCGGGUCGCGCCGGUGGCUCCGGUUGAAGUGCUGCAGGCUCCAUUGAACUUAACCAGCAAUGGAAAUGCUACAGUGUUAGAAGCAAAGCAGCCACCAGUGACCAAAAGCACUGAUGAUAUAUCAAACAGUGAGGAAAAGACCAAACUGCAUCCACUGCCAAUGCUUUUGCUUUCCUUGGCUCUUCAAGCUUGUAAAGCAUUGUAUUAG